AGAGGCGGGGCCGGGGCGGGUUGUUGUGAGGCGACUGCGCUACUGCCGGAGCGGGGCGGUUAUGGCGGCUCCAUAUUAACAGCCUCCUCCUCCUCCUCCGCCGCCGCGUCUCCUCCUCCUCCUCCUUUCACUCCCGCCCGCGCUCUAAGCCAUCUCCCCCUUCACCCUGACGCCUACCUCUUCCCCUCACCUUUCCCCCUCCCCUGUUCUACCAUGCCCGGCAUGAUGGAGAAAGGGCCCGAGUUACUGGGGAAGAACCGAUCGGCCAACGGCAGCGCCAAGAGCCCUGCGGGCGGCGGCGGCACCGGCGCCUCGUCCACCAACGGCGGGCUGCACUACUCGGAGCCCGAGAGCGGCUGCAGCAGCGACGACGAGCACGGUGAUGUUGGGAUGAGAGUCGGAGCCGAAUACCAAGCUCGGAUCCCUGAAUUUGACCCAGGUGCUACAAAGUACACAGAUAAAGACAAUGGAGGGAUGCUUGUAUGGUCUCCAUAUCACAGUAUCCCAGAUGCCAAAUUGGAUGAAUACAUUGCAAUUGCAAAGGAGAAGCAUGGCUACAAUGUGGAGCAGGCACUUGGCAUGUUGUUCUGGCAUAAACAUAACAUUGAGAAGUCCCUUGCUGAUCUCCCUAAUUUCACUCCCUUUCCGGAUGAGUGGACAGUGGAAGAUAAAGUCCUAUUUGAACAAGCCUUUAGUUUUCAUGGAAAGAGCUUUCACAGGAUUCAGCAAAUGCUUCCAGAUAAGACAAUUGCAAGCCUUGUAAAAUAUUACUAUUCCUGGAAAAAAACUCGCUCUCGGACAAGUUUGAUGGAUCGCCAGGCUCGUAAACUAGCUAAUAGACAUAAUCAGGGUGACAGUGAUGAUGAUGUAGAAGAACCACAUCCAAUGGAUGGGAAUGAUAGUGAUUAUGAUCCCAAAAAAGAAGCCAAAAAAGAGGUAAUGAUGAUCAUUAGAAGUGCUUGUGAGUGUUCUACAAAUCUGCUGAAAAAGAAUGACUAUUUGUUGAAGGUUCAGAAUGCUAAGCAAGUAAACAGUGCACUUAAACAGAAAAUGGAAGGUGGAAUUGAAGAAUUCAAACCUCCUGAGUCAAAUCAGAAAAUUAAUGCCCGUUGGACCACAGAGGAGCAGCUUCUAGCAGUGCAAGGUGUCCGCAAAUAUGGUAAAGAUUUUCAAGCUAUUGCAGAUGUAAUUGGCAACAAGACUGUUGGCCAAGUGAAGAACUUCUUUGUAAACUACAGGCGUCGGUUUAACUUAGAGGAGGUAUUGCAGGAGUGGGAAGCAGAACAAGGAACCCAGGCUUCUAAUGGUGAUGCUUCUACUUUAGGGGAGGAGACAAAAAGUGCUUCUAAUGUGCCAUCAGGGAAGAGCACUGAUGAAGAAGAGGAGGCACAGACCCCACAGGCUCCUCGGACACUGGGUCCAUCACCUCCUGCCCCAUCAUCCACUCCAACACCAACAGCCCCCAUUGCCACUCUGAACCAGCCUCCACCACUUCUUCGUCCAACACUGCCUGCUGCCCCUGCUCUUCACCGGCAGCCUCCUCCACUCCAGCAACAGGCUCGGUUCAUCCAGCCCCGGCCAACUUUAAAUCAGCCUCCACCACCUCUUAUUCGCCCUGCUAAUUCUAUGCCACCCCGUCUAAACCCAAGACCAGUAUUGUCCACGGUUGGUGGUCAACAGCCACCUUCCCUUAUCGGAAUUCAGACAGAUUCACAGUCCUCACUGCACUAAAAAUUAAAUUGGACAGAGCUGCAGUAACUUUUCACCCCAUCAUUAUACCAGUGCUCAUCUGACUGAUGAAAAAGGGGAAAGAAUAAUCCUUUCUAGAUACCGAGGCUGCAAACUAGUUCUGUGGCAGUGGACUAGCAUAAGUGGAUGUCUAAGAAACUUUUCAGUUCACUAGACUAAAAUGUUAUACAACAAAAAGCCUCCAGUUAGCCUCCUUUCUAGAGUAUAUGUUCGGCAAUGUUGCUCUCAUAAAAGGAAAAAAAGAUUUAAGUAUUCUAUAUACCAAGUUUUUGUUUUGUUUUUACUGUAUUUAUUUUAUUGAGGUUCUUUAUAUUCCUGCCUCUUCUUAGUCAAGGCUCUUAGUACAGAAAUAUUGACUUAGGAAUUGUGAAAACUCCUUAAUUUUCUUAAGUUAAGGAUGUUUGGCUUUUUUCUUUAAUUUUUUAAAAAGCAUUUUCCUAUGUUAGGAGUGCAAGAAUAGCCGGCAUUUUUGACAUAUGUUCAUUUUAUGCAUAUUUAAGAAAUUAUAGCUGCAUAUCCCUUCUUUCAAAAAAAUGUUGCUUUUUUUCCUAAAGGAAUUUUAAUGUAUUCCUUUAAAAGAAAGCAAUUUAAUCAAUUGCAAAGCAAUUAUAUGAAACCACAAAGAAUGUACUGAACCUACUAACCCUUUAACAUACAGUGUAGGGUCCUAGCGCAGAGUCCUUGUUGAAAGGUCAUUGACUCAUCAUCUAUUAGUAAUGAGAGAAUUGGAAGAACAAUUUUACUUACAAAUGAGAACUUAAUUUGUUGAAAUAUAAUCUCUUUAAGUUCCUUGAAAAUGGAGUUAAUUUUGAAAAAAAAUUUUUUUGUUGUUGUUUCUAAAUGCUAUCUGCUUUUAACUAGUAGUUGCCUACAUUUGGGGACUUAAGAGAAUAAUUAUGUUUUGUUAGUUAUGUAGACAUAGUGGUUAUGGAAGCGUUUAUUUACAGUACCCUUUUUGUGUUUGGUUUCUGAACUUAAAAUUGCCCUCAUACUUAAUAAUAUGGUCUGCAUUUAAUAUGAAAGGUGUUUUCUUGAUAAAUCUCUAUUGUACUAUUUGGAUACAUUUGUGUAUUCCUUGCAGCCAACCUGUGUCCGUGGGAUUGGUUUAGGGUUAAAUCAUCAACAUAUUUCAUAAAAUAAAUUUAAGAAUUUGUUCUGUGUUAUCUAAAGAUGUAUCAGUAUAUUGUCACAAUUGUGCUGUUAACUAAAAAUGCUGAGACCCUUUUUCAUAGAAAAAAAGACAUCAAGUCUUAACCCAUAAUCAUUAAGCACUUACAAAGAAUAUUUUACAAGUGAUAACUAUUUCAACAAUGUGUAAUUAGUAUUUUUGAUACGAUGAUUUCAUAUUGGAAUCAUUAUUUGUGCAAAGGGACAGAUCGCUUAGAUUGCUAUACGAGUGGACAUAGGCUAAAUGUUUGCACAUUCACAGUCUUACCACGUGUAGAAUACUUCACAACAUAGUCAACAUCUAAGACCCUAAUUUAUGUUUUGAAAGAUCAUGUGUUCCCAAAGUAUUUUCUAUCACUGGCUCCACAGCCUUAAAGUGCUAUAGAUUUAAAUUCAUUGAUUAGUUUAAUUUUUGAUUUUUAACCAUUUAUUUCCAUAAAUACCCUAUGCACUGGCAUAUCUGAAACUCUUUUCCAGCAUGGGUCCUUUUGUUUCUCAUUGGAUUAUAUUAAAUAGUUCUUGGCCCUGGAUUAUAACCAGAUAAAGUUUAGCUGAUUUAAAAUUCUUAAUAUUCAAGAAUUUAUACUUAUUUUUUCUUUAAAAGCCGCAGGGGACAGUUAGAUAUCUUAAAAUAUCUAAAGCAUUUUUUUAAGCAGUUAGAUUGUCUUGCGUAUGUGCAUACUAUACCUUUACAGCGUUUAUUGUCUUGUCUCUUGUCAGUAGACCUUCAGUACACAGUAUGUGGGAUAUGUCAGUCAAGUUGGUCAGCACCAGCAACUGUCCAGCUGUUCAGUAUAUUGUGAUUCAUUUAAAAAUCUGUUCUAUCCCAGACAUGGGCCAAGGUGCUGUAUCUGAGGGAUGUGCUGUAAUUUGAUUUACAUACAUUAGAGCACACAGUAGAAAAACCUUAGCUUAAUUAGUAAUACGACACAUGUAUAUAGUGAGAUGUCUUUAUUGUGUGCUUUGCAUAUUUUGUAAAUACUUUGCACGUCAUUAUUUUUCUUUUUUGUUUAAGCAGUGUUUGGCCUGGAAGAGUGAUAUGCUUGCUGCUUAAUCAAAGGAUUAAAGAUUUAAAGAUGUCUAUGUCUUCUAUUUUUAUAUAAUUUAAUGUUCUAUGAGGAAUUUAGUACCUCUUCACUGUGAAAUUCGAAAUAAUGAUUUUUAUAAAAGCAAAACUAGGACUCUUUUAAUGGCGAUUUUCAUUAAUUUCAGGGUUAUCAUUUUUGAAAAAUAUACACCAGAGUGUCUUUUUUAAAAUUACAUAACUAAAAAUAAAUCACACUGUGGAUACAGCUUAUGAAACUAAUGGAAAAA